GCUAUCACAUAUAGGCGGCACAGCCAAUCUCAGAGAAGCGCUUUUCAAGUCCACGCGGCAGUGAAUUCUCUCAAUUACAAGGUUCAUUCUGUAUUUAAAAUAUUUUCUUGUUUUGUGAUCAAAUGUUUAUAAAUUAAAGUAUGGAAGUAGAUAACAUGCACGUGACAAUAAUUUUAAAUAUAUAAAAGUAAACACAGGAGAGUUAAAACGGAAUACCAGUGCACACGCGAGGAGCCUACCUACUACAUGACGCGAUUCAAAGUUGGGGCAAUGGAUCGAAGAUUGAGAAGACAACACACUCAGCUAUGGGGAUACGCGUCACAAAAACACUAUCUGGAUCAAACAUGUGUAACCAAAAUGGAACGACGAAGCAAGAACAUAACACUGCUGUGGACAGCUCGCAGGACGGCGACCGAGGUGCCUGGAGCCACGGGUUCGAAUUUACCCUGGCAUGCAUCGGUGCUGCGGUGGGACUGGGCAACGUGUGGCGAUUCCCGUAUCUGUGCUACAGGAGUGGAGGAGGUGCUUUUCUCAUUCCAUAUCUUGUGAUGCUGCUUUUGUGUGGGAUUCCUCUACUUUUUAUGGAGUUUUCCAUUGGUCAGUACACUCGCCUGGGACCAGUGCAUGCAAUGGCCAAAAUCUGCCCACUUUUAAAAGGUGUUGGAGUGGCGACUGUGGCAAUUUCCUUCAUACUCUGCACCUACUACAAUGUGAUUAUCACUUGGGCCCUCUAUUACCUGUUCAACUCGUUCCAGUCGACAAUGCCUUGGCAGACCUGCAACAAUACAUGGAACAUACCAGAAAACUGCUCCAGUGGCUUUCCAGGCAAUGCCACCCACCUACAAUCAGCCAGCCAGCAGUUCUUUGAUCGGAAUCUCUUGCAGAAGACAGAUGGAAUUGAUCAGAUUGGGAAGAUGCGCUGGGAACUAUUUGGUCUCCUAAUACUUUCUUGGGUUAUCGUCUACCUGUGCAUCUUUAAAGGAGUCCACUCGACGGGAAAGGUUGUCUACUUUUCAGCCACCUUUCCGUACAUAAUAUUGAUUGCUUUAUUAAUUAACAACAUCCAGCUACCUGGUGCAAAAAAUGGAAUCCUCUAUUUCAUAUCACCAAACUGGUCAAAAUUAUCAGAGAUUCAGGUCUGGGUGAAUGCAGCAGCUCAGAUCUUCAACUCUAUUGGCAUCAGUUUUGGCCAAAUGAUCUCAAUGGCAAGUUAUAACAAAUUUAACAACAACAUUCUCAGGGACACGCUGAUUGUCUCCCUUACCAAUUCUGCUACCAGUAUCUUUGCUGGUUUUGUCAUUUUCUCUGCUAUUGGCUACAUGGCGCACAUUCAUAAUCUGCCAGUUGACAAUAUAGCUACUGACGGUCCUGGCCUUGUCUUUGUUGUUUACCCAGAAGCCUUUACCACCAUGCCAUUGGCAUCCAUGUGGGCAGCCCUGUUUUUCUUUAUGUUACUUUGUCUAGGAAUAGACAGCCAGUUUGCAAUGGUCGAAGUGAUGGUGACCAGUCUUAUGGACAGUUUUGGAAAGAGUCUACUGAAAGUCCUCCGAAGGAAAGAGUUGCUGGUCUUGGUGGUGUGUUUUGUGGCCUUUGUUCUUGGGAUACCCAAUGUUGCAGAGGGAGGAAUAUAUGUCUUCCAGCUCCUGGAUCACUACACUGCUGUUGUCUCCCUCAUGUUCCUAGCUUUCUUUGAAGUCACUGCAGUCUGCUGGAUUUUUGGUGUGUCUCGCUUGUCCCAUAUUGUUAAUGAGAUGCUUGGAGCUCCACCUAACAUUUUCUUCAAGGUCUGCUGGGCCGUGAUUUCCCCACUACUGGUCAUGACAAUCCUGAUCUCCAGUGUAAUACAGUACAGUCCAGCACGCUAUGGAAAGGACUACACCUACCCAGGCUGGGCUGAAGUGCUGGGCUGGUUUAUGUCCCUGAGCUCCAUUAUCUGGAUCCCUCUUGGAGCAGUGCACACCCUCUACACUCUACCAGGAUCUCUGCUGCAGCGGCUGAAGCUGUCAUUGUUGCCUUGUGAUGAGUUCUUCGUUCCCCUGAAGAUGCCCACAUCCUCCAGUCAGUUGACAGCUUUGACAAAGCCACCUGAGAAUACCCCUCUUACACUGCAGGAAAGCCCAUUGUGAGUGACCCCUCUGGACAGAGUGCCCCACUCUACCAUUCUUUUUCUUUUUUUCCUGAAAUGGACAUUUUUUUGUGUUAAUUUUAUUUUGAAAAGGGUUAUCAUGUGAAGGAGUGGGUAGAUCUGAUGUUGUGAAGAGGUGGAACAGACAUACCUAACAGGGUGUGCUGAAUUCCAGGCUUGGACCACACUGCUUCGCCAACUAUAGGUGCUACUCUGUGUGCCACAGGUGACAGCAUUCCAUCCCCAAAGUCCUCAGCAAGUAGUAUGCCAAGCCUUGUCUCGGUCCACUGUAAAAUGGCAGAGCUGACUGGAAAAUGAAUUAAAUUUGCAUCAGCCUUCCAAGGCCUGUCUCAUUGAACCCACCCAAUCUGAUGGCUAGUGACCAAUCACUCUCUCUCUCUUUCAAUGGGAACCUUACUACAGUGAACGCCAUCCCAAGAUACAACAGUUGUGUUUGUAUUGCUACAGUCGGAGCACAGAAGUUGACAGCAUUGAGUCAAAGGUGGGGUCUGAACUGGCAGCUUUUUGUUAAUAUUGUUUAGUUAUGUUUGUCUGAUGUCUUUAUCCAAUGUGACUUACAGAAUUAGGCUAGACAAAUGUUGUACAGUCCAGUACCUUAGCCAGUAAGCUGCACUAAUUUUAGAAUUUACCAAAAAUAAUUAUAAUAACAAAAAAGAACAGCAUGCCAUUAGCAGUAGCUGCGCGUAGGACUCAGAUGCACUGCCUUUGCAGCUACUCAUGCAUAUAAUAUUUUAUUUCCCAGCUCUGGGCUAAAUGAGUGAUUACUCAUUAUCUCUUAACAUGAAUAUAUAGAAUGUCUGCUUAGUCCAAUUCAUUAUCACAGGAGUCAAGAGUCUAUCAUGGCAGUGCUGGUGCAAGGCAGACACACUCCAAUAGUCACAUUCAUAUACAAACAACACACAUUACUUUGGGGAUGACACAUGGAGAAUAUGCAAAUCUACAUGGACAAGGUACUGGAACCUAGGACCACUGUACCACUAAAUCCUGAAAAUAAAAAAAAAAUAAAAAAUAGCACCACAUACCAGCCCAUUAUUAGAGCUUUACUGUCAGGUGACUACAGAGCCAAUAGUGUUAUUAGUGAUUUGGGAGAAAAUGUGUUUUCUAUGAGUUCUACCAUCUUUAGGAAAGCAUCACUUUAUCACCACCAUUCCAGUCAUAUGACAACAUCCAUAUCUAACCUGUUUGUCCUGUUGAGGAAAACAGAUAAAAAUAAAUACACUACAAUUCUUUAUAUAAAGUGACAACUUUUCAAUAUUAAAGGAAGACAUAGCGUGACAAGACAUCUCUAAAAGCACAAUACACUGGGAAGGUGGUUAGUAAUCUGGAAAGGACACUAGGAGGCCUACAGCAUCUCAAAAAAAAGUACAGCCUUGCUUGACUUAAGAUGUGCGUGACCGUAGCUGCUUCCAGAAAGAGUGCAAAGGAGAGAUAGCAAAUGUUGGAAAAACAAGAACCUCAGAUCAAACCUCCACUAUGGUUUGCAAGCAUCUACAGGCUGAUAAGACAAACUUUGUUUUUUAUCCUUUAUGCUUAACCGAAGUACAUUACAUUACAUAUCCUAAAAUCAUGGCUAUGAGAGAGUCAAGAUAGGGAGGAGCUGCUUAUGUUCAGGAGUUGCAAGACUAGAGAAGACAGACUGAAGGGGAAAAAAGGGAAACGUUAAGAGUUUUAAAAAUGUAUUUACCUUUCUUUACAUUUUUCCCUCUAGUGGAUAUUAUUAUAUAGUAAAAGUAAAGUCAUCUAUAGUAAUAAUGUUCCUCUUGGCUUCAUACUUACAUUUUCAUGUGGUUUUAAAGCAGUUUAACACUAUUUAAAUAUUUAAAUUUAGUAGGACAAAAUUCUUAAACCGUUCUUAUUUUCAUUUGUAUUCAUGUUAUUUAUGUUAUAUGACUGACACCUUUUUCCAUGGUGACUUACAACAUUUGAGAUUGAAUUGGUUUACAUUUCUUUUGCCUUUACUAUUUGAGCAGGGGCAGGUGUAGUUAGUAGCAGAAUUUGAACUUGAGCCUCAGGGUUUAAGUCCAAAGCCUUUACCACUACACCACACUGCCUGCCUUUGCAAUGUAUUGUGUGCAUGUUAGUGCAGUGGAGCAGCAUCAGAGCAUUGGGUUAAAACCCGGGGCCACCUGUAGUUUUCUGCACUUUACAUGUUCUUCCAGUGUCUGUGUAGGAUUUUUCCUUCCCUGAGUAAAUUGACUGUCCUGCCAAGUUCCAUAAAUGUACUUGUUAGGUUAACUGGUAACUCUAAUUAUCCCCACAUAAGUUACCAUGAGUGUGCCCUGUAAUGGACUGACAUCCUGCUCAGAGCUGGUUACCACCGUGCACACAAUCCUGCCUGACUUUGCACUGGAUUAAGUGGAUUUAGUAACAAAUGAAGGGCUGGAUGGUGAUCACAACAAUUAAUAUCUCCACAUUCUGUCUAUUUUGUGCCUUA